ACGGCUCUAGGUUCCCUCUCCGCCCCCAGUUGAAAUGUGCUCGGACUGUUUUCCGCUAUGCGCGUCAGUGAUUGACUGGUCGCGGACCGAACCGGAGAUAGUCCUCCGCCGAUAUUCACUCGGAUACCGGGCGACCUUACAGUCAUCUCUGAAGUGUACGCCGUUCUUCGUUUAUUUGUUAUUAUUCAUUUAUUUAUUUAUCAUUAGACCGUGCAGAUCGCAGUCUGUUCGCUAGUAGUUAGUGGACGCUGCCUGUGGGCACGCUGGUCGGACAGCUGGUGUGCAUCCUUGCUGCACGUUCAUGCGGUUCUUCUUGCCGUUUGUCGACAAAUGAAAUGGCGAAGCAUCUGAAAACGGAGUUUCUGGGGCUCUGUCGCUACCUGCAGGACCCGCACCUCGUGGCACGUUUCCAGAGAACGUGCGGGGUGCAAGGCACAUUCCCACGACGCUGCGAGGAGCACAACGGCGACUGCGCCAAGGACGACCUUCGCCAGAGGAGCCGCCCCGUGCAGGUGGAGCGCUCGCCGGCGCUUAUGAACGGCGCAGCUCAGCCGACCGCGCACUCCGAAUGCUCGCUCCAAGAGACGGACUCUCGCGGUACAUUGAAGCCCCUGCGCAAGAACUCACUGACGGGUGACAUCGGACAGGAGUUCAUCAUCGAGAACAGGCCGCUCUUCUACCUGUUCACGUUCGGCACCGAGUUGGGCAACGAGAUGUUCUUCAUCAUCUUCUUCCCUUUCCUAUACUGGAAUGUGGACGCGUGUGUGAGCCGCCGCCUCAUCAUCGUGUGGGAGCUCAUCCUGUACCUGGGCCAAUGCGCCAAGGACCUGGUGCGCUGGACACGCCCCGCCUCGCCACCUGUGGUCAAGGUGGAGGUCUUCUACAACACUGAGUACAGCAUGCCCUCUACGCAUGCCAUGACGGGCACCGCCCUCCCGCUCUCCCUCCUGCUGCUCACCUAUGGUCGCUGGCAGUACCCUUUUGUGUUCGGCUUGUGUCUGGUUGUGUGUUGGAGCCUGCUGGUCUGCAUCAGUCGAAUCUACAUGGGAAUGCACUCUGUUCUGGAGGUCAUCGCUGGCUUCCUCUACAGUCUGCUGAUCCUGACUGUGUUCCACCCGGCACUGCAUGCAAUUGACCACUUCUACCAGACGUACAGCUACGCGCCGCUUGUCAUUGUCGCCCUGCACGUGGGCCUUGGCCUCUUGGCUUUUAGCCUGGACACCUGGAGCACAUCCCGUGGUGACACUGCCCAGGCCCUCAGCACUGCAAUGGGUGCAGCCCUGGCAUCACACCUCAACCAUCAGUUGGGCCUCAUGCCCGACCCACCUAUGUCCCACCUGCCCUUCUCCAUACCUCCUCUGAGUGGUGCCCUGCUGUGCCGGUCCCUGCUUCGCCUGCUGCUGGGUGUGGCGGUGCUGUUGGCCACAAGGGCACUCAUGAAGGCCCUCACCAUUCCACUGGUUUGCCGCAUUUUCGGGAUCCCAUGCAACGAUGUGCGCAAGGCUCGACAACUCAUGGAGGUGGAGCUCCCAUACCGAUACAUUGUGUAUGGCACAGUGGGUUUCAGUUGCAUCUUCCUGGUGCCGCUCUUGUUCGUGUGGCUCAACCUGUCCUAAAGUCAAAUACCUGGGAUUGGACGCUCAGCGGAACAAAGACAGACUAGGCCAAGCACUCAUGUACUCAUUAGUUUAGUUUUUCCGUUCUUUUCAUCAUUUCUA